AUGGUUCCACAGCGUAACCAGCUUGUCUUUGUCAUUGCGAUCUUAAUGCUCUGUGUGAGAUCUGUCGAAAAUAUUGAGUCAUGUCAGAAAAUGACGAUCAAAAACUGUGCUUCAAAUUUUCAUGAAAUUUUCCAGGCCCUGGAGGAAAGGAACCCAGAUCAGCUGUUUCAAAAUUGCGCGGAAGUGCAGAAAUCUGUUGACUGCCUGUCUGUUCCCCGCUGUUCUGGAGACCUCCUUACUUCGUACCGUUCACUCUUGAUUAUGACAGCGACUUUGAUAAAACAGAGCAACUUGUGUCCAAGCCUGAACUACGCUGGGUUAAAACGAUACAUGACAGAAUCAUCGGGUGACAGCCAAGAAGAUGCGGAAAAAGUGGAAGUCAAAGUGCUAAGCCUGGGAGGACUGUGA